CCCAUUGUUUUGCCAUCUCUAACACUCCCCUGCUAGCGCUACGCCUACACCGACCCCCGGCCCAAGCUCUACCAUCCGUUCACGCUGCCGCCUACAUACAUGGGCACGCUCGCGCACGAGGCCCUGUGCGAGCUGCGGACAACAAGGGCAGUCUCCGACCCGGUGUACGCGCGCGCCGUCGUGUACGCCUACGUCCAGAUCAAGACCAAGAAGGCCGACAAGUUGGGUCUGGGGCGCGACUAUGUCAAUGCCAAGUUGACAAUGCUCGAGCGGCAGGCCGGCGAGCACUGGGAGCCGACGUUCCACCACAUCCGCGGCGUCCUCAGCUUCCCAGAGCCGGCGCUCAUCCCGCGCCCGCAGCUGUCAGCCUGGGCGCGGUGGAACCAGCCGCUCAUCCAGCCGCCGCGCCCCCAGCCGCCGUCGUACGCCGCCUGCAUGGCCAGCGAGGGCGGGGCGCGCGUCGCUGCGGCAUCGAGUAAUGGCAUGCGGAGCCAGGUCAUGGGCGGGGGCGGUGACAAGCCGCUCCCCUCUCUGCCGCCGUUGAGCGAGAAGCAGUAG